CGUAAGUAUGUAACUCGGAUAGUUCCUAUGGGGCUGUAUGCAUGCCCAAGAAUCCUUGCCCUCUCCAGCAUCUCUUGGGUUAGUGAAAGGUAUAUGUAUCUAUGAAAUAAUGUAGAAUAGUAAGUAAGCAUUGGAGGAAGCGACAUCGUUGUUCGUACUUAAAUUUUGUCGGCACAAUUUUACAGUGUAUUGUAUCAUUAUCGUUAUGAUCGCGGGCUCUUUUCUCCAGUUGCUAUCUCAACAAUGGCCAUUUGUCUUGUUGAUAGUGGCCAUAUUGUACCUUUCCCGAAAUUACUUCAAUAGAGGGCUGAACAGGUACCCCGGCCCAAUACUGGCACAUUUUACGGACUGGUUUCGAUUCUAUAAGGUCUGGUUGCGACAUCCCGAACAAUGGCACAUCAAGCUCCACGAGAAGUACGGUGAUGUUGUACGGCUAGGUCCAAAUGCCUUAUCAUUUGGAAACCCUAAUGCCAUCAAGGCCAUCUAUGGUCUCGGUAAGGGGUUCACUAAGUCGGAUUUCUAUCCUGUCCAGAUGGCUACUGCAAGGGGCCAACCAUUGCCGACAUUGUUCAGUACUCAAUCUGAAUACUUCCACUCGCAGCUAAAGCGAAGUGUGAAUAGUGCGUUCUCCAUGUCCGCCCAGAUGCAAUACGAACCGCUCUUCGACUCGACGAACGAGGUAUUCCUAGACCAGACCGACGAGCGAUUUGCAUCUACAGGCGAAGUAUGCAACUUCUAUCGCUGGCUGCAAUUUUAUACAUUCGACGUCAUUGGGGACAUGGUGUAUUCCAAAAGACAUGGUUUUCUCGAGUCAAACACCGACGUCGAUAACAUCGUUCGCGAUAAUGCGAGACUCUUUGACUAUGCCGCGCUGAUUGGGCAAAUUCCCAUCUUAGAUAAGUUAUGGAAAAAGAACCCUAUCAGACUAUGGGCCGCCAAGCACGGCAUCGGGGAAGCCACAUUCGGAGUUGCCCGUUUCGCCAAGGCCCGGUUGGCGGAACGCCAUCCCUCGAACCAGACCUUUUCGAAGGAGAAUUUUGCCUGGGAACAGACGAAGGACACUCCGCCUGACCUGCUUUCCCACUUUAUUCAAGCAAAAUUCGAACGCCCAAAUUUCUUCAAUGACCAACUUGUGACGACUAUGUGUGUCUCGAUGGCGUUCGCAGGUUCCGAGCCCGCGGCUGUCUCUAUCAGUGGUGUCUUCGCCUCCCUCCUUAGACACCCGAAGUGUAUGGAGAAGCUCAUGGAAGAGCUAGACGAGAAGGCUAGGGUAGGUCACUUCCAAGAUAACAGAAGAGGCAUCGUCACUUGGGCCGAGAGCCAAGACCUACCCUACCUCGACGCCUGCAUCAACGAGGCCUUCCGCAUCCACCCCGCCCCCGGCCUACCAUUCGAGCGUGUCGUCCCGCCCGAGGGUGUCGAGAUCAGCGGCAGGUUAGUCAAAGGCGGUACUAUCGUCGGGUGUAAUGCGUGGGUCAUCCACCGACGCAAGGACGUCUUCGGCGAUGACGUGGAAACCUACAGGCCGGAGCGAUGGCUUGUGGAUGAGACCAAGGACCGCGAUCAGGAGCUCGCUCGCAUUCGGAGGAUGAAGAAUACGCAGAUGCAGUUUGGCAUGGGUCCACGCGUCUGUCUUGGGAAACAUAUUGGCUUGAUGGAGAUGUACAAACUUAUUCCUAGUGUGCUUAGGAGGUUUGAGCUUCAAUUGGAGGAUUCUUCCAAGACGCCGAGGUUCUGGAAUGGUUGGUUCGUCAGGCCGGUGGACUUCCGGGUGAAGCUUCAAAAGCGAGAGCUUGUCCAGCCGUUGCUGGUGUAGAUUGAUGCUCAUGCGGGUUAUCAGGGUGGAUUAUUGGGCUUUGGAUCGGGGCGUUUGCUCUGGAGUCUCUCAUUAAUACUAGGUAUGCAUGGUGGAUAAGGGGUAAUACAUGAGGAUAGGCAAUAUAGAUUUAGUUUAAGACUUCAAUCACAUUCACACUUUGAACUAC